CACAACUCUUGUAUUCUUCAUUCACUACAACACAAUAUGAAAUUCAAGCUUUUAAUCCCAUAUCUCUUAUCCACACUUCUAUCCUCUUGUUAUAUAACAUCCACCCAAUCCCUACAAACGACCAUUGUUGCCGCAACUACCGCCACAACGCCUUUUGACUCUGAUGGUCAUGAAAUUCAACCGGGUCUAAAGUACUACAUAACUCCAGCCCAAUCCAACGACAGUGGUGGUGGCCUUUCUUUAGCGAUACGAGGUGGUAUUUGCCCACCUUUUGUCGUUCAAGAAAACACCCAACUCUCAAAAGGCCUCACUCUUCGGUUCUUACCACUCGACAACAAACAAAACGCCAUAUAUCUAUCUAGUGAUCUCAAUAUUUUGUUCAAUGCCGCAACAAUAUGUGUCCAAUCCACUGUAUGGAAGCUUAGUAACGGUGUUGGAAGUGGUGGUGGUGGUAGUGACGACAUGGUGGCAGGACGAAAGUAUUAUGUGAGGAGUGGCGGCAUCAUAGGGCGGCCAGGGGUGGGCACCGUGAGCAAUUGGUUUAGGAUUGAGAAGGCUGGAGACAUUGGGUACAAAAUUGUGUUUUGUCCUAGUGUAUGUAGUAGUUGUAAAGUUGUGUGUGGGGAUGUUGGGGUGUUGGAGGAAAAUGGGAAAAGAUGGCUUGCUCUAGUUGACCAACCACUUGUUUUUACCUUAAAGAAGGCCUAAUGGUUUAUAUGUAAAGAAUAAUUAUUAUCGUUUAUAUGUAAAGAGAAGUGUUUUACUACAUAAAAAGACAACUGUGAAAUCGUUGUUUUGUUAAAAGGAUUGUCUUAACGACAAAGUUAACCAACGGACUUGUAGUCCAAUGGUAUCAAGAUGUUGCAUUUAUGGUAUCAAGUGAUGAUGGUUAGUCUCAUUAGAGACAAGUGGUAUACAUUUUAGUAGUA